UGAAUAAUGCUGGCUUUGGUUGGUUUGGGCCAACACAUGUGCAGGAGUCUGCCAACAUACAUGCCAUGUUCGCUACAAACGUUUACGGUCCAAUUAACCUUAUAAAUAAACUUGUUCCUUCUUGGAAAAAGAGUGGAUCUGGCCAAGCUGUUACAGUGACGUCAAUCGGAGGUUUGAAAGGCUUCCCGUUUGGAAGCGUCUACGUGGCAACAAAGUUUGCUUUGGAAGGUUUUGUUGAAUCCCUAGCCAUUGAGCUAACUGGCUACCCAGGCAUUAGAAUGACACUGGUUGAGCCUGGACCUGUAUUAACUGAGUUUGUUACAAAUGCGAGGGUAGGAGAAGAGAACAAGAGCAUGGAUGGCUUAGAUGAUGUGACAAGGGCUGGCCUUGGAAAACUGCAGCAAGGAUCUGCCAAGACAUUCAAAGAAUUUGGACAGAAAAGCGAGGAUAUUGCCAAUGUAAUCAAAGAGGCGGUCACAAAUAGUAAGCCUCACUUCCGAUACAUGACUAACCCACAUUAUGAAGAACUGAUAAAGGCAAAGUACACAGACCUUACUGGUGAUGGACCACUUCAAAAGUACAAGGACCACUUCAACAGCUCAGAGUGACCGUUCUAGAAUAUAUACCUCUGAACAGAGCAACAUUUGAAAGUGCAGUUGGACACCGUGUAGAAAUUAGUUUUUCUUGUCCUUUUUUGAUGAUGUAUACUAGUCAAAGUCAAAGCAAGGCUAAUGUAUACUAGUCCUAUUUUUAAUGUCGUAAACAGUAUAUGUAAGUUUGAAUUGUUUGCUAGGUUUUUCUGCUCAAAUAGAUAA